CUUUAAGCAUCCAAAUGUCAAUUUGAUUAAAAACAAUGCCAUUAAUUAUUAAUUAUUUUGUUCAUUGUUUACUUGUUCCAACAACCAUAUAGCAUGAAACAUUGUUAUAUAUGUUGGAAAACGCUCUGUUCAUUUCUCAGCGAAGAAAAACUCCAACCACAACCCAACAAAACCGCUCUAACAAAGUGUGCAACAAGAUAAAAGUUGCCCAUUAACGUUUGACUUCACAAAUUAUCAAUCAUCUUUAAUUUCUUCGUUCAUUCAUUGCCUUAUUACCAUUUUGCUAUAAUGCAAGCUAUGUCUAGAGUUCAAUCAUAAUUGGUCUGAAUAGUAGUUCAAUUACUUGGAUUUCUUUUUAACUGAAGAGUUUCAUUAUUGUGUAUGGAGGAAGAGGCACCACCAUCUCUAAGUGUAAACUCUAGGAGGAGCAGGACUAUGGUGCUCCCUGUGGAGAUAGACCCACCUAUGCCUUCAAAAGAAGCAGUUACAGUUGAAAACAAGGAAGUGAAGCAUUUCAUGAAAUGGGUUUCUUGGUUGAUACCAACCUUUGUCAUUGCAAAUGUGUUUGUGUUCAUCAUCACCAUGUAUGUCAACAAUUGUCCCAAGAAUUCAUAUUCCUGCAUUGCCAGGUUCCUUGGCCGUUUCUGCUUUCAGUCCUUGGAUGAGAAUCCCCUUCUUGGGCCUUCCAGAUUCACGCUAGAUAAAAUGGGGGCUUUGGACGUGCAAAAAGUGGUUUACAGAAAGCAGGUUUGGCGCCUCAUCACAUGCAUAUGGUUACAUGGAGGGGUGUUCCACUUAUUGGCAAAUAUGUUUGGCAUUAUAAUCAUUGGAGUUCGGCUUGAGCAAGAGUUUGGGUUUGUGCUCAUUGGGUUGCUAUAUGUCAUUUCUGGAUUCGGGGGUAGUUUGGUCUCUUCACUUUUUAUUCAACAAAACAUUGCAGUUGGUGCUUCUGGUGCACUUUUUGGCUUGCUGGGUGGCAUGCUCUCAGAACUCAUUACUAAUUGGUCUAUAUAUGAUAAGAAGAUAGGAGCUGUGUUGACCCUUGUGUUUGUGAUUGUUAUAAAUCUAGCAAUGGGGCUUCUGCCACAUGUGGACAAUUUUGCUCAUAUUGGAGGCUUCCUUUCAGGGUUUCUUCUGGGAUUCGUGUUCUUGAUCCGCCCCCAAUCGGCAUGGGUUAAGCAACAAUACGCUCUCUCAUCGUCAGCAAAUUCUCCGCUAUCUAUUAAAAAACCUAAAUUCAAGAAAUAUCAAUGCUGCUUGUGGGUUCUUUCCUUGCUCCUCCUAAUUGUUGGGUUCACUUUAGGCUUAGUUGCACUUCUUCGUGGUGUUAACGUAAACGAUCAUUGCUCCUGGUGCAAAUAUUUGUCUUGUCUUCCAAUUUCCAAAUGGCACUGCGACACUCAAAUUAAAAAAGCUGCAUUUUGUACGGUAGAAGAGACUGGCAGCGAAUUGAACAUGACAUGUUUAACAAAUGGUAUAUCCAAGCCAUUUUAUUUGCCAGAUCAAACCUAUGACCGAAUUGCAGAAUUAUGUAAACAGAUUUGUCAGUAGCUAUUGACAAAAGGAAUGGUAUUAAACCAAAACCUUGCCUACUACUUACUGUGUUUAAUUUAUUUAUGUCCCUCACCGUAUAUAAUACAUAGCUAUCAUAUUUAUAGGCUUCCAGCUGAAUGUUAUAUAGGUUGAACUGAUCUGGAUUUACUAUAUUAUAUUUCAGUUCAUUUAUGAAGUUAUCCUAAGUUCAAUACUUACGUAGAU